UCUGCCUGCAUGCACACAGCAUUCUCGCAGCAUACUCGCCUAAGUAGAUAUGAUCUGGGCUCGCUGGGCACUUCUCUGUGGCCUUCUCUCCUUCACCUCUGUGGCUCGUUCAGCACCUCUGGAGAGCGUCUCUCAGCAUGACCCAGAGGUGCAGGCCUGCCUCAGCUUCGCCCUGCAUAGCUUCAACUUCUUCAGCAAAGAGCUGCACCUCUACACCGUCACUAACAUCCACUCUGUGAAGAGGGCGAAUAUCGGUGGGGGCCAGUAUCACAUAACCGCGGAAAUCACGAAAUCCCAGUGCAAGAAGGUUUUGGAGGAGAAUAAGGACUCCUGUCAGACACAGAUGUCUCCUGAGAACAAGGUGUUACACUGCGAGUUCGUGGUUUUGAGCGCUCCGUGGAAGAAGCAGCGCACUUUGAUCCGGAGCUCCUGUACCCCCGAGGCCAACACCACAUACGAUUCGCGGUGAUACAAAGCUCUUUCAUUGUGGAUUAUACCAAAGGCCAACCUGUCCCAGAAACCCUCUGGUGAAAAUGAUAAAUAUUCCCUGCCUUUGUUCUGUGGAAAUUAAUCUCUGAAAUACACGUUAUUUCAAAUUAAAAUGAACAGAAAUAUGA